CUAUCUCUCUCUCAUGCACACUCCCUUAUACACUUUCUCUAUCUCUCUUACUCUCUCUCUCUCGUACACUCUCUCUAUCACUCUCUCAUACACACGCUUUCACUCCCUUCUACACUUUCUCUAUCUCUCUUACUCUCUCUCUCUCUCGUACACUCUCUCUAUCACUCUCUCAUACACACGCUUUCACUCCCUUCUACACUUUCUCUAUCUCUCUUACUCUCUCUCUCUCUCGUACACUCUCUCUAUCACUCUCUCAUACACACGCUUUCACUCCCUUCUACACUUUCUCUGUCUCUCUUACUCUCUCUCUCUCGUACACUCUCUCUAUCACUCUCUCAUACACACGCUUUCACUCCCUUAUACACUUUCUCUAUCUCUCUUACUCUCUCUCUCUCUCUUGUACACUCUCUCUAUCACUCUCAUACACACGCUUUCACUCCCUUAUACACUUUCUCUAUCUCUCUUACUCUCUCUCUCUUACACUCUCUCUAUCUCUCUUACUCUCUCUCUCUUACACUCUCUCUAUCUCUCUUACUCUCUCUCUCUUACACUCUCUCUAUCUCUCUUACUCUCUCUCUCGUACACUCUCUCUAUCUCUCUCUCUCGUACUCUCUCUCUGUCUCGUACACACACUUUCACUCUCAUACACUUUCUCUCUUUCUCUCGUACACUCACUUUCACUCUCUUACACACUUUCUCCCUCUCUUACACUCUCUCUGUCUGCCUUUCUCCCUCUCUCUGUCUCUCUGUCUUUCUCUCUCUCUCUUACUCUUGCUUUCACUCUUCUUUACGCUUAUACACAGACACACACGCUGUGCUCUCUCUCUCUCGCUCUCUCUCUCUCACACACACACACACACACGCGCACCCUCUCUCGUGUCUUUUCUUCAGUGUCAUUUGUCAGAACUGAAGAUCCGAGCACGCCUCCUCCCUUCGUGUCUGUGUGUAAAUGUGACCUCGCCACUUUUUAUCCUCUUCAGACCAUCAAACGGAGGGAAAAGAUCAUUUCCUCCAUUUCAGGUGUGAAUCGUGUCAUAAGUGUUAAAGCAGAUGAAGGAAGGAAAGAGAAGAAUGAGCAUUGAGAGAGAGAGAGAGAGAGUCGCGUAUGAUAGCCUACCGUUUUAAAUCAUGUUCUCACACACACACACACACACACACACACACUCCUCCCUGUUACACAGUGUUCUCAGGGCAGUAAACAUUAUAAAUGACGCUGAUGAGGAAACCGUUCCAUUCUCACCUCCUCUCACGCUCUCUCUCUCGCUCGCGCUCUCUCUCUCUCGCACUCGCUCUCUCACUCUCUGACAUUACUGCGGCUCAUCAAAGCCUCAGACUCACACCCUCUUUGUCCUGUUCCUCAAACCGUUCCUGAGCAAUUUUGUCAGUGUGUAAGGGAGCAUUAUCCUGUGGAAAGAGGCCACUGCCAUUAGGGAACACCGGUGCUAUGAAGGUGUGUACUUGGGUUUGGGCAGGUGGUACGUGUCAAAGUAAAAUCCACAUGAAUGCCAGGACCCAGGGUUUCCCAGCAGAACAUGUCCACAUGAUGUAAAAGAAAGCCUGAUUCAUCAGACCAGGCUACCUUCUUCCAUUGCUCCACGGCCCGGUUCUGAUGCUCACGUGCCCAAUAACGCGUGGGCGCUCUGACCGGUCUGCAGCUCCAUACGCAGCUCCAUACGCAGCAAGCUGUGAUGCUCUGUGAGUUCCGACUUGUUUUUAUCAGAGCCAGCGUGAACUUUUUCAGAGCUCUUCUGUAAGAUCGGACCAGACACUCUAGCCUUCUCUCCACACGUACAUCAAAAGCCUCGGGUGCCCACGACCCUGCCUCCGGUUCACCGGUUGUCCUUCCAUGGACCCCUUUUGGUAGGUACUAACCCCUGCACACCGGGAACAGCCUGAACACCCUGAACACCGGGAGCUCUGACCCAGAUGUCUAGACACCACAAUUUGGCCCUUGUCAAAAUCGCCGAGAUCCUCACGCUUGCCCAUUGUUCCUGCUUCCGGCACGUCAACUUGGAGGCCUGACUGGCAUCAUCUGAAAGCUGAUCUUUCAAGUACAUUAUGUGCUAGGAUAACGUGUAAUUAACACACACACACACACUCUAUCAGUGUUUAUUGGGUGUGUAUCUUUAGUUAAUAUUUGAGAACAAAUAGGAUAUUACAUUUUUUUGUAAUAUAAAAGAAGGAGGUGUGUGUAAUGAGGUGUGUGUGCAUACAAAGGAGUAUCUCUGUGCGCGUGUGUGUGUGUGAAUUUGACGAUGAUUUAAUCUCGAGCAGAUGCAACCGACGUGAGGUUGUAAUUACUUUUGGCAUGCCUCGGGUGCACGCGACCCUUUCGCCGGUUGUUCUUCCUUGGACCACUUUUGGUAGGUACCAACCCCUGCACAGCGGGAACACCCCACAAGACCUGCAGUUUUUGCAGACUCUCUGACCCGGUCGUCUAGCCAUCACAAUUUGGCGCCGGUCAGAGUCACUCAGAUCCUUACGCUUGCCCGUUUUUCCCGCUUCCAACACGUCGACUCCGAGAACUGACCUUUCACUCGCUGCCUAGAUAUAUAGCGUCGGGUCCGAGUCCACCUCCGUCGGCCUCGAAUCGAGACCGAGUCCUUAACCAGUCGGGUCCGAGUCCAAACGGGGGAUUCAGGGUGUAAAUACGUUUUAAAAAGAGUGGUUAAUGAUGAAUAAUUUAACCUUCACAAACCAAUGGCAACGUCACCGUAACAAGAAUCGCCACGAUUACAUCUCGCCAUCGCCAUCGUUCGAUGUUUUUAUUUCGUGUCAUCAGCACCUCGACUAGUUUGAGCAGGUUUAUCGCACUGCUGUCACUUUAAGACCUAACACAUGCAUCCAAUAUACUGUACUGGCACGCCUCCCUUUUUUCCCCCAACUGUUUACAUUCACUUAAGACAUAACCGACUGUGUUUGCAUGAAAAGUCAGCCAGACCUGCAUUUUGACAUGAUGUGUGUGUAGUGUGUGUGUGUGUGUGUUUAUUUGACUGCCCAGGCGUAAUAAACCCCCAAAGAGAACUCGGUAGUCUCUGUGCACGAAUGCUGCUUAUGUGUUUCCAGUAGAAUCUCGGCCAGCGACUGACAUUACUCAGUACUCAUGUUGUCAUGGACUGGAGGAGGAGGAAGAGGAGGAGGAGGAGGAGGAGGAAGAGGAGGAGGAGGAGGAAGAUGCAAGUGCAGGAUGAUUAAAAGCACGAAUUGUCUACGGCUACAGAAAGCCGAAACACUGCUCCGUGAUGGUUACAGGCUCUUAAGGACCUGGUUUGAAUUCUCCACCCCACGAUGAGCUCCUCGUUGUCCCCAACCCUGCAGACAGUAAACGGCAUGGAUCAGGAUGAGCCGUUGCCACUCUUUCCAUCCCACUAUCCUACGUCUCUAGGGGUGGACCGAGGAACCGUCUGUAUCCCUUCUCUGUACGCAGAUAACGGCCACGCCGAGAUGUCCUUCUGCGGUCCGUCUGCGCCCGAGAACCCGGCCAUCGCACCUCCGCUCAGCCCGUCGCUCUUCUGGUCCUCGCACAACUCCCACGCCAUGCCCGCUCUGCCCCUGCAUUGCCCGCCUGCUCUGCCAUACAGCGAGCCACAUAUACACACCGCCUGGGUCGACACCAAGCCACAAACCGCGGGCCGCCACAGCUCUUUCCUGUCUCGUCCAAAGUUGUCUGGAAAGCGGCCGGAAGACGGCGACGAAGCUCUGGACGACGACGACUCUUCUUCGUCGUCGUCAGGCGCCGUGGUCAAACGCGACAUGCACUUCUGUGUGGUGUGUCACGACUACGCGUCAGGCUACCACUACGGCGUCUGGUCCUGUGAGGGCUGUAAGGCUUUCUUCAAGAGGAGCAUUCAAGGACACAACGACUACAUCUGUCCUGCCACCAACCAGUGCACGAUCGACAAGAACCGCCGCAAGAGCUGCCAAGCCUGCCGUCUACGCAAGUGCUACGAGAUGGGCAUGAUGAAGUGCGGUGCACGACGUGAGCGGUGUGGAUAUCGAGCCUCCCGCCGCACCGCCCCGACGAGAGAUGGCUCGGCCAGGCCUGUUUGUGUCAGAGGUCAGUCCCAGAGACUUCCUCACACCCCGCUCCAUCUCUCGCUCUCCAUCCCGGUCUCCAGAGCGUCGGCGGAGAGCGGGUUUUCGGGUUUGUCCCCCGAGCAGCUGGUGUACUGCAUCCUAGAGGCAGAGCCGCCGCAGAUCUACCUGAGGCAGCAGAUGAAGAAACCGUAUACAGAGAGCACGGUGAUGAUGUCACUCACGCAGCUCGCCGACAAGGAGCUCGUCCUCAUGAUCAGCUGGGCCAAGAAGAUCCCAGGUUUCAUGGAGCUGAGCUUGGCCCAUCAGGUACAGCUGUUAGAGUGCUGCUGGUUGGAGGUGCUCAUGCUGGGCCUGAUGUGGAGGUCUAUCGAUCAUCCUGGAAAACUCAUCUUCUCUCUGGACCUCAAACUCAACAGGGAUGAGGGAAACUGUGUCGAGGGGAUCAUGGAGAUCUUUGACAUGCUCCUGGCCGGCUCCUCCAGGUUCAGAGAGCUGAAGCUACAGAAGGAGGAGUACGUGUGUCUCAAAGCGCUCAUCCUGCUCAACUCCAGUAUGUACAUGACGUCAUCGGCGUGUGAGAAGGACCUGGAGAGCAGGACGAAGUUGCUGCGUCUGCUGGACGCCGUGACGGACGCACUGGUGUGGGCCAUCUCGCGAACAGGUUUAUCCACGCAGCAGCAGUCCGCUCGCCUCGCUCACCUACUCAUGCUGCUCUCGCAUAUUCGACAUCUCAGUAACAAAGGCAUGGAGCACCUUUCCAAUAUGAAGCGGAAGAACGUGGUGCUGCUGUAUGACCUGUUGCUGGAGAUGCUUGACGCCAACACGGCUCAAAGCAGGCACGUGUCCACUACUGUUUGCUCCGACCCCGUGACCCCAGCGACCUCACCAAACACACCCAUGCCCCCUCAGCUCCACAGUCCCAUCGCUCAUCAUGUCACACAGGUGAACGAGUCACAGUGCAGCCAGGAGUGAGUGCUUUCCCGGUCUCUCUCCCCCUCUCUCUCUCUCACACAGACUCAUCCACGGAUACACACAUCCCUCUGGCUACCAGAACAAUUUGACAUUUAAGUUGCCAAAGUUUACUCCGUCAGCAAACCUAGCGAGAUUAGGUGACCCAGAAUGCAUUUCCUUUUCACACUGUGGUGAAGGUUCUUCACAGUUACUGUAUUUUCCAGACUAUAAGAUAUGGAAAUUUCGUCGUGGCAGUAGAAUAGCUGUAACGUCCCCGGUGUUGACAGUCCGUCUGCUACUCUAGCACCUGUGCUAGUUUGGCCAAUAAUAAUAAUAAUGAUAAAUAGUAGAGCAGCAACAACGAAUCUCAUUAUGGAUUAGUUGUUCUGCGCACGGUAAAUUUACUCAUUACGUUACUUCUGAGUAAGUACUAAAGUUGUGUCCCAAAUGAUGUACUGUACACUUACACUAUGCACUGUGUACUCUACCGUCUACUGUGUGGAUUUUAGAAAGGUAAUAUGAUCUCAAAUAUAACACUAGCGUUUUUUUUACUAUCCGGAAGUUUAAGCCGCUUCUAGGCGACGGUGCAUGACGUCAUAUGCACGCUAGCAUUAGCAAACACCCAGAAUGACUUUCUUCAGUCUACUGUUUAUCAACGUUACCUUUUAAUCCCAACGUGACUGAGGAAGAAAGUCCUGUAAGGCAGGGAGCCUUUUAUAUUAAACACCGCGGAGAUCAAACUGAUGCACCAGCACAAAGUAAUGUUUAUAUCCAAAAUGCUCCACUGUGUGUACGGGGCAGGGGAAACUGGUGCGAGUUGCUUGUCAUUAUAUGUUGUAUUUGCACGCUUGCAGUGUAAAUUCUGUAGUUUAUUAUAACGGAAGCGAUGUGUUAGUAACGAGGCCGCGUUGCUGAUCACACGCGGUUUUAAUUAGACGUUACAGAUCUUACUCGCGCUACACUCUGUAUCAGCGCAAGUAAGAUCUGUAACGACUAAUUAAAACACUAUGAUCAAAAGUAAACAAGUAAAAUAAUAUGUCUGAAGACAGCGAGUAACACAAACCACAAGGUGCAGUGGAAGGGAGUUUUUAUUAUUCAUUUAGGACUGUAGAUUAAUUCAGUGCUUUCUGUGCAGCCAUAAAAAAAAAUAAUGCAUAAAUACUUAUAAGUAUGUAUGCAUUAUUUUUUUUAUGGAUGCACAAAAAGCACUGAAUUAAUGUACAGUCCUAAAUUAAUAAUAUAUAGUAUUGGGUUCUUUUCUGUUUUGGACAAAUAGUUGUGUAAAGUUUUAGCCUGAAUUCAUAUUUGUAACACUCGGUUUGUGGAUUUUAUUGUAAAUAAAGAAAAAAAAUAACGGUGCUGAAAGUUUGCCCCGCCCCCAUCCGAUUAAUCGAUUAUGAAAAUAACGGUUAGUUGCAGCCCUAGUAAGUAGUAUUGAAGACUUGAAGAUUUUUAUCUAAUAGGCAUAUUUUGAUAAAUUAAUUAUGAUUGAAAAGUAUUUCAUGUCGUGCACUUUAAACAUAUCAAAGCACUUGAAUCCUAUUGGAGCUAAUCCCCCCCCCCCCUAAAAUUUUACACAAUUUAUCUGAACAUAAAUACAUGUGCACAUUGUUUGUGCGUCCAUAGUGAGAAAACAGGUGCAGUAAUGAGAACCCUAUUUAUUGUUAUUAUUAUUAGUAGUAGUAUCUUAAAGCUCAGGAAACAAUACAGCGAUGAACUUACUGCAACACUAACGGGACAAAAGCUAAGCUACAGCGGUAUUACACCAUUAUAUAGAGAAGGACUUAUUUGGGUGUGUCUGGUAGUCCAGAAAAUACAGUACAACAUUCUACAAUCCAAAUACCUACACCCUGUGUAUUUUUGACUUGCACUACUAAUCCCUCCAUCCCUCCUUCUUCUCCUGCCCUGUGGUGCUGCGUACGUCUGAACUGAGAGGACACAUGUUUUAAAAAAAGCGCUAAAUACAAGCGGACUCUUUGAACUGUUCGCUUCCUGCGCGAUCGGGAGCGUGCGACGCCAACUACGGAACGCCCCGGACUUUAUAUGGACAUUACGUCUGAGGUAACGCACAACUUUUUCAGGCGUCACGGUUUCACUCAAUAGAUCAUGACCAAGUCUCAAAAUAUUCAUAAAAAUAAAAGGGAAUUUUUUUUUGUGUUAAAUUUCUAAAGCCAAGGUACGGAAAUCUCAACACCAAAUCAGUGAUGAUUUUUUUGUUUUGUGAUUGUGCUGCUGUCUCAUCCUCUGUAAAUGACCUGAUUGUAUCGCAGAAUUCGUUGAUGCAGCAAAAACAAACAUAAAUGCAAUGAAGACUUGUA